AUGCCUCCCACUACCCUCACGCUGCUACCAGCGUGCGCCGUGUUGCUGCUGUGCUGCCGCCUCUCGCCGGCGGCCGCGGCGUCGGCAUCGCCCGGCGAUGUCGGCGGAGGCGGGGCCAGGCGGGUGCUCCACCAGCCAUUGUUCCCAAUCGAGUGGACCCCGCCGCCGUCGCCGCCGCCUCCGCCGGCGCCGGACUUCACCUCCGACCCGGCGACGCCGGACGGGCCUCCUGGCGACUUCUUCCCUACGGCGCCACCGACGGCGCCUGCUGGCGGCGGAGGCACCACGACGACGUCCUCAACGCCGACCACCAUCGCCGCCAACGUCCCGAGCGCCUCGUCAGGGUCCGGCGACGGCGGUCACCACGGCGGCCCUACGAAGGGGACCAUCGUCGCGGCGGGGGCGGCCGCGGCCGCGGCCAUCGCGCUGCUGGCCUUCGCGUGCGCGUUCCUCAUCGCGGGCCGCGCGCGCCGCCGCGGGGAGUCGCAGAAGCUGCUCGGCCCCGACCGCGGGUCCGCGCGCCAUCACUCUGCGCCCUCGGCCGCCGACUUCCUCUACGUCGGCACGGUGGAGCCCACCACGCCCGGCCGCCACCACGGGCCCACCACCGCUGAUCUCGUUGGGUCCCCGUACCGCAAGCUGCGCACCGAGCGCGCGCGCCGCGGGGUGGGCCGCGACGAGCCCACCGACCACCCGAGCCCGGAGCUCCGGCCGCUCCCGCCGCUGCGCCGCGCGGCCACAGUGGGCUCCUCUGACGAUGAUGCCUACUACACGCCGCGCCAGCGCUCCGGCGGCGGCGGGGUUGGCGGCGAAACGUGGAGUGAGGCCAGCGCGUCCAGCCCGCCCACCACCACCACCGCGUCCCGCCGAAGCCUCCCCAGCCUCACCAGCGAAUGCUUUCCUCCGGUCGCGGCCAUUGCUGCACCGACACCGCCCCCUGCGCGGUCCCGCCGUACGCCCCCACGCACGCGCUUCUCUGCCGGUUCGAUCCCUGACAUCAAACAGGUGAUCUCGCCGUCCCCGCAGUCGGUGCAGCCACCCAAAGCAGCGCCGCCGCCACCACCACCUCCUCCACCGCCACCGCUGAAGUCUAUCACAGCUCCAAAACCUCCUCCUCCUCCUCCUCCGCCGCCGCCACCAAUGAUUCCAUCUAAUACACUCCCGAAGCCCGCACAGCAACCUUCCGAACCGACGUCGCGGCGCCGGUUGCUCAAGCCGUUGCCACCUGAGGGUCCCCGCAUUGCCUUGCCGAUGCCGAUCACGGCGGCAACGGCAGAGGAUAGUAUUGGGAGCGCGUCAAUGCGUAAACAGGAUGACGUGGCAGACGGUAUCGUUGGCAACGGCGAGCCGCGGCCGAAGCUGAAGCCGCUGCACUGGGACAAGGUGCGAGCGACCUCCGACCGCGCCAUGGUCUGGGACCAGCUGAAGUCAAGCUCAUUCCAGUUGGAUGAGGACAUGAUCGAGGCAUUGUUCAUGAACAACUCAACGCCAGCCGCGCCGCCAAGAGAUGCGGGAAGGAAGGCUACCGUCCCACCGUUCAGGCAGGAGGAGAGGGUUCUCGACCCCAAGAAAGCACAGAAUAUCGCCAUUCUGCUCCGUGCAUUGAAUGUUACACGCGAUGAGGUCUCUGAUGCACUGUUGGAUGGUAGCGCUGAAUGUUUGGGGACUGAACUUUUGGAGACUUUAGUCAAGAUGGCUCCUACUAAAGAGGAAGAACUCAAACUACGAGAUUAUAAUGGUGAUGCAUCGAAGCUUGGUUCUGCUGAGCGCUUUCUCAAAGCUGUGCUUGAUAUACCUUUUGCCUUCAAGAGAGUUGAUGCCAUGCUAUACCGAGCCAAUUUUGAGACGGAAAUAAAUUACUUAAUGAAAUCUUUUGAGACACUAGAGGCAGCCUGCGAAGAUCUUAGAGGCAGCAGGUUGUUCCUGAAACUCCUCGAAGCAGUGCUGAGAACCGGGAACCGGAUGAAUGUUGGCACAAACCGGGGUGAGGCAAAAGCUUUCAAGCUUGACACUCUCCUAAAACUUGCUGAUGUCAAGGGCACUGAUGGUAAAACAACGCUGUUGCAUUUUGUCGUCCAAGAAAUCAUUCGAUCAGAAGAUGCAAAAUCAGAAAAGGAAAGUGCCAUGAUUAUCCAUAGCUCUAAAGACGAGCAGUUACGGAAGCAAGGCCUGAAACUUGUCUCUGGGCUUAGCAGUGAGCUAGGAAAUGUCAAGAAAGCAGCUAUGAUGGACUUUGAUGUGUUGCAUGGCUAUGUUAAUAAGCUAGAAACAGGUCUUGAAAAUUUCAAGUCGGUCUUGCAGCUCGAGAGGCAAUGCACUCAAGGCCAGAAAUUCUUUACGACAAUGCAAAGUUUUCUGAAGAAAGCUGAGGCAGAGAUAGAGAAAGUCAGAGGGGAGGAGAAGAGGGCCUUGGUGAGAGUAAAAGACAUCACGCAGUACUUCCAUGGUGACACCGCGAAAGAGGAAGCGCACCCUCUUAGGAUAUUCAUGGUGGUGAGGGACUUCCUCUCGACGUUGGAUCAUGUCUGCAAGGAGGUUGGCAGGUUGCAGCAGGAUAGAACGGUCAUUGGGUCGGCCAGGUCUUUCCGCAUUUCAGCCACCUCACUGCCAGUUCUAAGUGUGUAUGGACAACGAAGGGAGAACAACUCUGAUGAUGACAGUUCAUCCUAG